AUGGCGCUCACUACAAAGCCGAUGGCCACGGGCCCACCCGCAGCAUCAACAAGCCCAACCCCAGAAAAAGCCCUGAAACCCUUAACCAUAAAUGAAGGAGAAGACAAGUCUCUCCAGCCCACCAUCCAAAUUAAAAAAUAUCUCCACCGCAUAUCUCUGCACCCUACACUAACACCCUACCGCCGGCGCGUUUAUCGCACCUUGUUAUCCGUCCCGCCAGGCCGCUGGACUACGUAUUCGGCUAUGGCGGCGUAUCUGGGCUCCAGUGCGCGAGCGGUUGGCAAUGCGAUGCGCAGCAAUCCAUUUGCGCCGGAGGUGCCAUGUCAUCGGGUGCUUGCAGCGGAUGGGUCCCUGGGUGGGUAUAAGGGGGAGUGGAAGGUUGAUGGACAUAAGGCUGGUGGAGGGUUCUGCGAGGAGAAGAUGUUGAGGCUUGAGGAGGAAGGUGUUACUUUUCUUGAUGGAAAGGUUAGGGGUAUUUGUUUUAAGGAGUUUGUGGAUUUUGGGGUGAAGUGA